GCCUCUGCUCUGACGUCACGCACACUCCGGCGUUGACUUCUCAGUAGACUCGGUGCGGGACCAAAUAGAAGUAGCUAUGGCUGGCAAUGCGUGGAGGUCAAUGUUGUCUCAAGUCGUGGGGGUGGCGAGCCGAACCACGCUAUGUUCCUCAUCUCGGUCAAGAGGGAUUCACACCGUAACUAUGAUCCCUGGGGAUGGUAUUGGACCAGAGAUCUCCAGUGCAGUCAUGAAGAUCUUCGAGGCUGCUAAGGCUCCGAUCCAGUGGGAGGAGAGAAAUGUUACUGCUAUCAAGGGGCCCGGGGGCAAGUGGAUGAUCCCCCCUGAUGCCAAGGAGUCUAUGGACCAGAGCAAGAUUGGUCUGAAAGGGCCCCUGAAGACCCCCAUCGCAGCUGGCCACCCCUCCAUGAACCUCCUGCUGAGGAAGACCUUUGACCUCUACGCCAACGUGCGUCCCUGCGUGUCCAUCGAGGGUUACAAGACCCCCUACACCGACGUCAACCUGGUCACCAUUCGCGAGAACACGGAGGGAGAGUACAGUGGCAUUGAACACGUGAUUGUGGAUGGUGUGGUGCAGAGCAUCAAGCUGAUCACAGAGGACGCCAGCCGACGCAUUGCUGAGUACGCCUUUGAGUACGCUAGGAACAACCAGAGAAGCAGCGUGACUGCUGUGCACAAAGCAAACAUCAUGCGAAUGUCUGACGGGCUGUUCCUGAGGAAGUGUCGCGAGGUGGCCGAGACCUACAAAGACAUCAAGUUCACGGAGAUGUACCUAGACACUGUGUGUCUCAAUAUGGUGCAAGACCCCACCCAAUUUGAUGUGCUGGUCAUGCCAAACCUCUACGGUGAUAUUCUCAGUGAUCUUUGUGCUGGUUUGAUUGGAGGACUCGGAGUCACCCCCAGUGGAAACAUCGGAGCCAACGGCGUUGCCAUAUUCGAAUCGGUCCACGGUACUGCUCCUGACAUAGCAGGCCUGGACAUGGCCAACCCGACUGCACUGUUGCUCAGCGCAGUCAUGAUGCUGCGCCACAUGGGGCUUCAUGAGUACGGCAAGAAGAUUGAGACCGCCUGCUUUGACACCAUCAGAGAUAAGAAGGUGCUAACUAAGGACCUUGGUGGAAACUCCAAGUGUUCCGAGUUCACAGCUGACAUCUGCCGCAGGGUUGUGGACAUGGACUGAAACCAGCGCCGCUAAGUAGAGGAGCUGCAGCCAUCAUACAAGUCCACCCGUUACUGUAUUCCGGUUCUUUCCAAGCAGAACAUACAUUUAAUUCCAGCGCUUCACGUGGUCGAUGCCUUUCACUGCUCUGUGGUGAGCAGGUGUUGGAUCACAAAUGCAUUCAUGGGAGGACUCUAAAGAUGGCUGGCCCUCUCUAGUAUUUUCAUACAAGUACAUAUGAUAGAAAUAUAAGCAGGAGUGCAGCUUGUGGAGGAUUAUACCUCAUAGAAUGGUAUCAAAGAAAGUCACAUUCACCAUUAAUGUACGCACAAUGUAAAUCGCAAUCCUGUAAUGAAAUGCAAUUUUGUUUUUGGGAGUGUGGCCUACUCAAGAGUACCUUUAGAAUUCUGACAACUCUCUGCAUGUUGUUUUUUAAUGGUUACUUAUGAUUAACUGCUUAAGUGUACUUUAUUUAUUACUGUUUGCCGUGUUUGUUCUCAUGCAGCUCGGUGUAGCUAAGAGGGUUAAAUAUAUAAAUCGAUUACACCAUGA